AUGCCUCGUCUUUACCACCGUUCACAGCUCGCCGUACAUAUCAAGCGGGCUAUCUGUGCCCACCAUGUCGCAAACCCCCAGCUGCGCCACGUCGACCUUGCGCGCUGGUGUUUUACCCGCUUCGGCAUUAGGCCCGACCGGUCGACGAUCGGGCGCGUUCUGAAAGGCGCGGAACGAUGGGUUGCAAUGGCGACGGACAACAACAUUGUCUGUGUGCGGGGCGGCGCACACCCCGCACUUGAGCGCGCAAUGGCCGCUUGGAUUGCCAAUGCGGGGCCGGCCGAGGUUCCCCUCACGCUCGUUACCAUCCGCGAUCACGUUGCGAACAUGGCCCACGACAUAGAUGGUGUUCCGGCGGAAUUUCGGUGCUCCAUCGGCUGGGUACGCCGUGCGUUGCGUCGCCAGGGCGUCCGCUGCCUGAGCGCCGUGGGAGAGGCGGCGGACCAGGACAUGGCCGCAGUGCGCACGACUCGUGAGAAGCUUCCGCAGCUGCUGAUGCAUCUCUCGAUAUCCGCCAGGGAUACGUACAACUUCGACGAAACUGCACUUAACAUCUCUGUCUUCACUCACUUCAUGGAGCAACUAAAUGCCGCCAUGUACGCCGAGGAGAGGAGCAUUGUCAUCCUCAUGGACAAUGCUAGCAGCCACGUCCUCAAGUCUGAAGGGGCCGAGACGGAGGACCUGUUCGGAUUCCGCACGCGCAAGCUCAACAACCUCCGCAUCUUGUACCUGCCACCUAACACUACAUGUUUCACCCAGCCCCUCGAUCAGGGGAUCAUUGCGACGGCGAAGGCGCGGUACCGCGCGCAUUGGCUCAGCGCCUUCACUGCGCAGUGGGCCCAGAACGGCGCCACGUCUGCGAUGGCGAGGUACACGGCGAACCUCUGCAACGUCCUGGCCUGGCUGCUCGACGCUUGGAUGAACAUCAAGCGUCGCACGAUUCAGCGCUGCUGGUGGUGCACCGAGUGCCUGCCGCGUGCGUGGGAGAUGCAGCUUGAGCACGUCCGCAACGGUGGCAACGGCGGCGCAGGCGGCAACGGCGCCGCCGGCGGCAACGGCGGUCCUACUGAGCUCGACGAGGCAGUGGGCGAUGUGGGGAUCCUCAUCAACCGCCUUGGCCUUGGGCCUUCGGCGAUGCCGGCCGCGGAGUUCGUGCGCGUCGACGACAAUCAGCCGAGUUGCGCCGAGCCGGGCGAGGACCCGCUCGCGAUGGAGCCGCCGAAUGUGCCGGCGCCAGAGAUGUGGGAGGCUCCCGCCAGUAUGCAGGCCGUCUAUGACGACGCCAAUCCGGCGUGCCGUGAAGCACGGCGCUACGCGCGCGCCGCGAGCGAAAUGCUCAUCGGCUACGCGAAGGCGACUGGCAUCACCCCGCGUGACCUCUGCGUGCUGUUCGACAUCCGCAACCCCAUCAUCAGGGCCCGGAUGGAGCGCGCAAGUCCGCCGCUCAAUCUGAACCAGACCCCACCUCCCGCCACGCCCGUCGGCUCCACCCCGCCGGCGGAGACCCCUCGCCGCCGUGGGCGUGUGUUGCCGGCGUGGAUGACGGCGCCGAUCCCGCGUUGGGUCAUCCUGGCUCAGUAG